UUUUAGCAACGGGGUUGAUACUCAGGACUUUUUUAAAAGCGCAAUGUUAAUUAACGUUUUCAUUCGAUUCGUAUAAUCCGGGGUAACGAUGAUAGUCGAGAGGAAUAAUGAGGUAUAUCACAAGAACCGUAAAGAUGUUAAGAGACAGUUCGCCAGAGGCGCAACCACCUUUCUGAGGGACGUUGUUAAGAUGCUUUUCGAUUGUGCCAAAAUUCUCAGCAUUUGUUUGUCUCUUUAAGGUAGGAAGUUUUGCAAAUUUUGAAUUAUUUUCAUUGAGGUUAAGUGGGGUAAACGGCCCUAAAGAUGACAUGUACAAAAACGUCCAAAUCACAAAAAGUGCAAUAUCUCCUGCUUGACUUGAUGGAUUCUCCUAAAAAUUUGUGUUAUUAUUCUACACUAAGAGUACUUUGAAAAGCAUGGUAUAUGCAUGCAAUGUAUUUUCCUUUAAAAAGUUGUCAAUGAUCAGGGGUGACAAUGCGCAUUUCGUUCCGAGCAACUCGAACAAAACUAAAUGAUCGCUGGGGGCGCUAUGUUUCGUUUUUCGUAUUUUUUUUUUUCGACUUUGCGGGUUAGAUGAGCCGCAGGACAAAUGGCAAUGACAGCUCCUUUUAAGCUUAAAGCACAGACUAACAGACGUAACACUGGAACCUAGCUCCAUCGCCGCAAAAAACGUUCAUUUCAAAUUUACAAUAGAAUAACAGUCAUCGCGCGAAAACGUCGUCUGGGGCGCAGUCUUGCAAUCUCAUACAUAUUUUGUAGUUCACCAUUUGACACAUGCAGUAACGCUGGCGCUGAUGUCGAAAUACAUGACGCAGCGCGAACACGACAGCAGAUGGUGCUAGUGUUACUAACGUAAAGUACUGGAAUCAUCCAAACGAUGAUUUGAUUGAAAAUUUGUUCGACGUGUUAUGUCUGUUAGUCUGUGCUUAAAGCAUAACUGGCAGUAUGUGACCUACUCGAAAAUAGCGAAAAUCGUUCGAAUCGAGCUGCACAAUGCCACUCCAGAUUUUGCCGGUUUUUCGAGCAGUUGCAGACAUUUUUUAAUUUCAUCUGGCACCUCUGAUGUUAAGUAAACAAUACAGCACACUUCACAAGAACGAAAAGCUAUUUGUACAGUUGUUUGAUACAAAGAAUAACUUUCCUUCGACGAUCCAGAAAAAAAAAUAUCGAUGCCACUCACACAACGACAAUGGAAGAUUUAAAUCAACUACCCGAAGCUCACGGUUGCUCUACCUGUGGUGAAAGCUUCAGAUUUAAAAGUUACCUAAUAGAACACCUUCGCAUUCAUACCGGAGGAGACCCCUUCAAAUGUGACUACUGUGGAUUGCUCUUCAAGACUGAACGUAAUCUUAAAGUACAUGUACGAAAGCAUACCGGUGAGCGGCCACAUGUUUGCGGAGAGUGCGGUAAAGGAUUCCUCCGCAAGUACCUAUUAACAAACCAUAAUAAAUGGCACGAUCGACUCAAUCAGGCCACCCAAAAUAAUCUAUCUAGUAAAAAAACCCACGAUUGCGAUAUCUGCGGCAAAAGCUUCAAAAGAAAAGGUUCCCUAACGGUACACGUCCGCGUUCAUACGGGAGAGAAACCCUUUGAAUGUGACCACUGUGGAAUGAAGUUCGUAGAGAGCAGCAAACUUAAAAUACAUGUGCGACAGCACACCGGCGAGCGGCCAUAUAUCUGCGAGCAAUGUGGUGAAGGAUUCAUCUGUAAGAACCGUUUAACGACCCAUGAAAAAUGGCACAUCGACAAAAAACCUUUCAAAUGCGAUGUGUGUGGCAAAGGAUUAUCACAUCAAUCCGCACUCAUAAUCCACAAACGUAUUCACACAAAUCGAAAAGAUUUCGAAUGUGACCUCUGCGGUAAACUUUUCAAUUUUAAGAGGGGUUUAAUUCUGCACAGUCGUGUACACACCGGAAAAGGAUCGGAGUUCAAAUGCGAUUUGUGUGAGAAAUCGUUUACAACCAGCUACUCGGCUAAUCGGCAUCGACAGCUCCAUACCAGUGAGAAUUUACACAAAUGCGAUGAAUGCGACAAACAAUUUGUUUCUAGCAGCAAUUUAGCCCAACAUAAACGAACUCACACCGGAGAACGGCCGUACGGGUGCCCAAUCUGCGGUAAGAUGUUUACCAAAGAAGCCAGUUUGACGCGUCACAUACGCAUCCACACGGGAGAUAAACCAUACGAAUGUGACAUCUGUGGAAAGAAAUUCACUGAUAACAAUGCGAUGAAAAUGCAUCGACGCAUUCAUACCGGCGAGAAACCAUAUCAGUGCAAGGUAUGUGGGAAACAAUUUCACGUCAGUAGCAGUCUCGUUAGGCAUAGGUUGGUUCAUGAAAAAAAAAAAAGAAUUAGUCCACCAAGCAAUUUAAACCUACAACCCGAAGCUUCCGAUCAAUCCAAUAAAGCCGUUGAGAAUGAUCCGGCUAGUGAAAAACCUCACGGUUGCGAUAUCUGUGGUAAAAGCUACAAAUUGAAAGGUCACCUUACGGAACAUGUUCGCAUUCAUACCGGAGAGAAACCUUUUAAAUGUGAAUACUGCGGAAUGCUCUUCAGGACUAGCACCAUUCAUAGAACACAUGUACAACGUCAUACCGGUGAGCGGCCACAUGUUUGCGGAGAGUGUGGUAAAGGAUUCUUCAGCAAAAACCUAUUAACGAACCAUAAAAAUAGGCACCACCGACCUAAUCAGGCCACUGAAAAUGAUCCGUCUAGCGAAAACCCUUACGGUUGCGAUAUCUGCGGCAAAGGCUUCGAAUCAAAAUUUUUCCUCACGGUACACGUCCGCUUUCAUACCGGGGAAAAACCCUUCAAAUGUGACCACUGCGGAAAACUUUUCAGGACUAGCAACAAUUGUAGAAUACAUAUGCGACAGCACACCGGCGAGCGGCCUUUUGUUUGCGAGAAGUGCGGUAAACGAUUCAUCAGCGGGAAUCAAUUAACGACCCAUAAGAAAUGGCACAUCGAUAAAACACCUUUCAAGUGCGAUAUAUGCGGCAAAAGCUUCCAAGUGAAAAGUAACCUCACGGUACACGCCCGCGUUCAUACGGGAGAAAAGCCCUUCAAAUGUGACUACUGUGGAAAGCUCUUCAAACAUAGCAGCAAUCUUAAAUUACAUGUGCGAAAACAAAUCGGUGAUCGGCCACAUGUUUGCGGAGAGUGCGGUAGAGGAUUCAUCUGCAGUAACCAAUUGAAGGACCAUACAAAAUGUCACGAUCAUCUCAAUCAGGCCACCGAAAAUAAUCUGACUAGUAAAAAACUCCACGAUUGCAGUAUCUGCGGUAGAAGCUUCAAAACAAAAAGUAGCCUCACGUCACACGUCCGCGUUCAUACGGGAGAGAAACGCUCUAACUGUGACUACUGUGGAAAGAAGUUCGCAGAUAACAGCAAGCUUACAAUACAUGUGCGACAGCACACCGGCGAGCGGCCAUAUAUUUGCGAGGAGUGCGGUAAAGGAUUCAUCUGCAGGAGCCAUUUAACGAUCCAUAAGAAAUGGCACAUCGACAAAAAACCUUUCAAGUGCGAUGUGUGUGGCAAUGGAUUUUCAUACCAAUCUGCACUCAUAAAUCACAAACGUAUUCACUCAAAUCUAAAAGAGUACGAAUGUGACCUCUGCGGCAAGCGAUUCAAUAAUCAGAAUGGUUUAAUUCAGCACAAACACGUGCACGCCGGAAAUAAACCGUUCAAAUGCGAUUUGUGUGAUAAAUCGUUCAUCACACGCUACUCAGCUAAACUGCACCGAAAGACCCAUACCGGGGAGAAAUCACACUGCUGCGAUGAAUGCGAUAAACAAUUCAUUUCCAGCAGUGCUUUAACCAUCCAUAAACGAACUCACACUGGAGAACGACCGUACGGGUGCCAAAUCUGCGGUAAGAUGUUGACCGGAAGUAACAGUUUGAAUCGUCACACACGCCUCCACACGGGAGAGAGACCGUACAAAUGUGACAUCUGUGGAGAGAAGUUUAUUGACAGCUAUGCAAUAAAAAAGCACCGACUCAUUCAUACAGGCGAGAAGCCAUAUCAGUGCGAGAUAUGUGGAAAAGAACUCCUCUCCAGUAACGACCUCGCGAACCACAGGUUACUUCAUGAUAAAAAAGAUACACAGCAACUUGCAUUGCACAACGUUGAUCAAAGCUGCCUUCAAAGUUCUCUACCAGAUUCUGAUCUGCCAGAUCGAAAGGGCUUCACGCAAGCAUGUGCUUCUUCGGAUUAUACCUUUACUCUUCUGUAGAUUCUUCAGAAAUGUCGAGAGAUAAACACAAACGAUCGGAGCAAUGAAUGAUGGCUGUAUGGCGUGACGUGUGGAUAAAAAAUGAAAAGCAAAGUCUAGCUAGGUUUUAUACAGGAGCUAACGUUGCGUAAUCAAUUAGAAAUGAUUGAACCAGAAUGACUCUAAUUUAUGCCCAUACAUAAUAAAAAUAUGUACGUUAGGCACAAAAAUCAUUCCUCAAUAUAACCACUUUUGCGUGUUCCAAUAACUAAACUUAAAGAGCUUCGAAGUUUAACAUAACUGAUGCAUCAGUACUUUCAGGAAGCAAAUAAAAAACAGUUUUUUAACAACAAUUAAAA